GUCCCCUGGCGGCUGUGACGUGUACUGACCUGAUGGUGGCGUACUGGACACACUGGACACAGUGGUGGGAAUUCACACAAACCCUUCACAAUUUCUGUCGAUAUUCUUCAUCACAGCAGCACUUCUUGUUUUUCACGUCGUAAGUGUCUCUGAGAGUCGCAGCCCUGCAUUCCAAAAAGGAAGACGAGUAUUUCACCAUGAGCUCAGACGAUGGUGACUUGGAGAACCAGGCUGAACUGGAAGAGAAGACGAGGCUCAUCAACCAGGUGCUGGAGCUUCAGCACACUUUAGAGGACCUGUCUGCCCGGGUGGACGCUGUCAAAGAGGAGAACCUGAAGCUGAAGUCGGAGAACCAGGUUCUGGGCCAGUACAUUGAGAACCUCAUGUCUGCCUCCAGUGUCUUCCAGACCACUGACACCAAGAGCAAACGAAAAAAGAUGUGUCUUUACAGAAGCAUGUUGUAGUCCUCAGUCAAAUGAGAGGAAGACCCACGUUAAACUUCAUUCAAGUCUGAGGACCCUGACUGACUACUGAGCAGCAGCAGACCCAACUCCACAGGUGUGUUUCCAAAAAUCAUUCAGCGGUUACAAACAUCCAGAGGUGUAGUGAGUGACAGUCGUUUUAACAUACCUUCUCCUCCUCAGUACAGGCUCUUGUAUUUGAACCAUGCUGCGUAAACUCUGGUCAUUAAAAAUAUACUGGUACUUAAAAUCAGGGUUAACAAGUACUGUCAGCAUGAAUAAAGAUAUAUUUAUGUCAGUGGAUAUUAUAGUAUUAACACUAGUGUUGAUCACAGACUGACUGACUGACCAUAAAACAGUGGUUUCUUUCCCACCAGUUCCUGUGCUUAACUCUCCACUGAUCAUACACUGACAGUUCACUCUGCUCUCUGAGCCGACAGGGAGGCUUCCUUCUCGGGAAGCCUCACUUUUUUGUGCAGUUAAUGAACUAAAAGAAAAAAAAACAGCAAAUCGUGACAGUCAUAGGCUUUCAGUUAUCCAUGUUAGCACAGUGAAAUCUGCCUGAUCUGAUGUGGUGUUUGUUCUACAGUUUGUAGGAAACUUGUUAUCAGAUGAUCGUUGGUCCACAGAUUGGUUUGGAACUGGUGAUGUUACUGUCCCUUCAACCUCUCCACCCCACCCCCUGAACAGAAGCACUCCACCUCACCACCAUGUUCAGACUUUUAUAGAGUUGAAAUGUUUACGUUGAACUUCCCCUUCCUCAGUCAAACUUUUCAGUGUUUGAGGGUGGAAGCGAGUGAGGGAUCAUGUCUUUGUCACUGCAUAUCUACAAAAAAUCACUUUUUUCCUUUUGUUUGUUGCUAGUCAGUAUUGCUACCAUUCCUAUAGGUACAGUAAGUUUUAGAGAAAGUUUUUUUGUUACAAAUGGUUUUAUUGUUACUGCUUACGAGGGUCUUAAGGCCCAUCUCGAAACUCCUCAGUCUUUAUCAUUUCAGCAUAGUGUCACUUUUUUGUCGCCAUUUUGUUGUUGCUUCUUUUUAGUUGGGAGUAAAUGACACUAAACAGUGACUGUCACUGUUACACUUCAUAGCCAAGACCAUGUGUUGAUUUCAAUUUGAACUCAAGGAGUCUUGUGUGCUUGUGUGCUCAAAUAUGCAUACUGUAUUUCAUGCAAUGUUGAAGAAAUGUUUCCUCUGAAGUCUUGAGACAUAUGAAACUCUGUUGCAUUUGUACAUCAUUGACAUAUGAUUGUUUUUUGUUACUCCUUUGAAAUGAUUUUGGUCUAAUAAAGUAAUGAUCCUUUUUGAUGAGA